AUGCUGCAUACCUGGAUCCGGACCCUUGGAGCUUUGCUCCUCCUGGCCUCCGUGGCCCACGCUCAGUUCCAGUUCUUUGAGCAUAUGUUUGGCGGCGGACGUCAAGAACAUCAACAGCAAGCGGCUCAAAAUGAGCCCAGCGAUAGUUCACGAUAUCAGAACAUGUGGGAGUCAGCUCAGUGUGACAAGUAUUUAUGUCCCGGUACUCUUGCUUGCGUUCAUUUCCCUCAUCAUUGUCCAUGCGCGCACCCCGACAACGAAGAUAAGAUCGAACUUAGUGAAGGAAGUGCUGUCUGCAUCUCGAAGGGGGGAUUCCAACCCGGCGAAGCGGCGCGCAAGAUUGAGUUGGCUCGGAAGGGUGUCUUGUGA